AAAGACAAAAACAAUAAUCAGAGUGUGGUUGGGUUGCGUUUCUCCGUUCUCAGAAGGUUUUGGUCAGUGAAGUCUUCUCCUUCAACAACAACAAGGGGUUGCAGUUAAAAUGGAUGAAGCUGAAUUUCAACGCCUUCUCCAACUCUUCCCCGUUGUUCGUUCUCGCGAUUACACUGCAGAAGCAUCAUCAUCCAAACAAAUUGCAUCUGGGUCAGCACAGAAUGAGGUAAAGGAAUGGCAAGAUGCAUGGGAUGAAAGGGAUAAGGAUUUUGAGAAGCAAGGAAUUAAUCAACAAGAUUCAUUUUGGAGCAAGCUAAAGUCGGAGGCUGCUAGGAAGGUGGGUGCAGAAGAAGCGGAGAGAUUUUGCAAGGCGUUCCAACAAAUCCAUAAGAAACUAGUCAAUGAAGAGUUGAGUUUAGAUGCUGCUCGAAGCUUCUUAAAAUCAUCCUAGAGUUCUAAAGAAUCACGCAUGCUUUCGACAUUUCUUAUGAUUAAACAAUCAGCCAUCGUAAUUCUUUUGUACUGUAUCAAAGUAUUUUAUAAUUUAAUAUCUGCGACAUUUUUAUUUGUAGUUAUUUAUUUUUAUUGUAUUAUUAAGAACUAGUUUUCUUCCCCCAUUAACCCCACCCCUUUUUUUCUUCAUUUAACUUCAUUGUUUUUAUUUGCCUAUAAGCUGGAGUUUGCAUCA